AUGGAUGGUCAUCAGCAACCCAUCGAAAGUUCACUCAGUCAGGACUCCUUCUUCCCCUGGUUCUGUAAUAAUGGAGCAACAGAAGAUGAUAUAGUUGGUGCCGGUUACGUUGACUCAAGCCCCACGGGAGCUACCUAUGAUGACCCUUCCGGUGUCCCCUUUCAGGGUACUUACUACCCUCAUACUUACCAUCUUGUUUUCAAUGGUCUAGGUGCCAACGAUCCUGGUAUGGGCUAUUCUGACAUCAUCCCUCCCAGUACUUUCUAUUAUCAUCAUGAUCUUGCGUACACACACGAUAUUGGUUUCAACUAUCUAUAUGGCGAGCCUACAUAUACAGAUCCUUCUACCAACUAUCACCGCGACGCUGGCUUUACAAGCGUCAGCCAUGCCAAUGUUAACACCAAUAUGAACAAGACAAGCAUUGACUGGCUUUAGGAGCGCAACAUGAAGAUUACAUUAGCAUACUGGGAAAGGAGCUACGUGAAGAUGAUAAUAUCCAUACUCUAGUGGUUCAUAGGAUGUGGCCUUGUUUACUCUACUUCUUC